UCCCCCUUCCUUCCUCUUCAUCCUCUUCCUCACAGAGUGAUAAAUAGACCGCGCAGCUUGAAAGGUGGCUGAAAGUCGCGCUUGUCUCCAGGAAAUGCCUGUAACAUCCAGGUUCCAGGCGGUCCUGCCGGCGGUCAGGACGUUUAUCUGGGGAUGAUUCCCUCCGUGUCCCCUCUGCGUCUGUGAAUCGGAGCCAUGGUUCUAAUGAUCCUCCCCUUCCUUCUGCACACAGGACUGGUUCUGGGCUCAAACUACGGCUAUGUGGAAUGGUCGGACAAUGACCGAGACGAGAAGCACCCCCCGGUCCUCAGCACCCAGAAGCAGCCCACCUUGCACGCGCCGGCAGCGGCCACGGAGCGCACCGUGGUGGCGCACAAGAUCGAAGAGGACCUGCCGCGGGUGGUGACGGCUUUCCUGCACACGGGGGACUCCUCCGCCCUGAGGCAGGCCAACUGCUCCCGGAGGUGCGAGCUGAGCAACCUGCGGGGGGGCCUCCACGUGGCCUCUCACUACUCCCUGCACAGCAUCCUGGACACGGUGGCGCACGCCACCAACUUCCUGAACAUGAUCCUGCAGACCAACAACAGGUCCCGGGAGCAGACCCUCCCCAGGGACAUCCACUGGUACCACGCGCUGGUCCAGAGCAUCCUGGAGGGGGACCCGAAAAUCCACAGAGCCGUGGUGACCCUGCACCCGGACUCUCCGGCUCCGGAGCCCCUCGUUUUCCUCCAGGCGACCAGGACCGAGAAGGAGGUGGUGCUGCAGGACCUGUCCGGCUCCGCGCACCGCCAGCUGAAGAACCGGAGCCCCGAGUCCGACUGGUUUAACGAGUUCAGGGACGUGAAGAGGUCGCACGCGCACAGGAGAGGCUCCAGCGGCUGGGGGUCCUACAGCGAAGGCUACCUGUUGAACAAAAACCACAUCAAGUGGUCGGCGCCGUACCUGGAGUGUGAACACGGGACGUUUGUGCCUUACUGGCUGCUGACACUGUCUGCGGGCUUUUAUGAACUGAAGGGGGGCUCUGCUCCAGAGUUCAGGGGUGUCGUUCGGGUGGACGUGAACCUACAGGACGUGGACAUCGACCAGUGCUCCAACAAUGGCUGGUUUGCUGGGACUCAUCGCUGUAAUCUCACCAGCAUGGAGUGCACCCCAAUCGGAGGUCACGGGUUUGUCCUGGACAAGUACAAGUGUCAGUGUCGUAGAGGGUUUUAUCAUCCAAGCCGAGUGGUGGUCAAUGGAUUUAAAAGUAAGAAGCAGGGCUCCAGCAGAGAUGACAUCUCAGACAUGUCCAACGAGUGCCUGCCGUGUCGGGAGGGCUGCCCCUCCUGCCAGGACGAUACCCCCUGCCUGGUGCAGGAGGAUGGGGCUCUGCGGCUCGCCGUCACCUCCUUCCAGGGUCUCUGCAUCAUGUUGGACCUGGCCAGCAUGUUUACAGUUUACCACUUCAGGAAAAACAAGAGCAUUCGCACAUCUGGUCUCAUUCUGCUGGAAACCAUCCUGAUUGGGGCGCUGCUGCUUUACUUCCAG